UGCUUCACAAAGUGACGAUGGCUACGUCCUAGUAGACAUUAGAUGAGGCUGCGAGGGGCGCCAUCAGUGUUUUUCUCUAAUUAUUUCUCUCGCAUUCUUGACUUAAUCGUAUUUAAUAAAGCUUCCUAGUUCUCUUCGUUUUAGAAUUUAGAAUGGAUAUCUCAUCUCUACUGAACAGUAACUACGCGCUAGACACCGGGCAAAUAAGUCAACAAGGAGGAUCUAUCCUAUAUCUUCGACAUAUAGAUCCUCAUCUGUCAUUCAUUUCUAUCUACUUCUAUUACGGCUGUCUAAAAUUUCCACCCUUCCAAGAUGGCAGCUGGAGAACCUAUCUUAUACAGCUUGUACGUCUAUGCUCCCGAUAAAGGUGCACCGAUCUUCUUCGCCAUUGCAUAUGCCCUCUCAGCCAUAUUCCAUAUUUGGCAAUGCUAUCGUUAUGAAGCUUGGAAGUUAAUCGGCCUGCACCCCGUUUGUGCGGUCCUAUUCACUGUCGGUUACGCGAUGCGCGAAUAUGGAGCCUAUGACUACAUGUAUAGCGUGACUACUAAAGUGCCUCUGAUGGUGUUUAUCCUUAGUCAGGUCUUUAUCUUCGUAUGCCCUCCACUCCUGGAACUUGCCAACUACCAUGUCCUCGGCCGUAUAUUUUCUUAUGUGCCCUGGUGUGCACCCCUACCCCCUGCUAGAGUUUUAACUAUAUUCGGUGGCCUCAUGGGCCUUGUCGAAGCACUGAACUCUCUGGGUGUAGCACUAUCCGCGAACCCGUCGUCCUCGAGUUCGACGCAAUCUCUCGGCAGUAAUUUGACAAUAGCAGCUCUCAUAAUACAGCUCUGUCUCAUUGCCAUCUUUAUCUGCCUUGCCGGUCUCUUCCAUCGGCGAUGCUCAAGAGCGAAUGUACAAGUCAAGAGUGUUGGGAUUCUCCUUCGAACGUUAUACGUGAGUAUGGCGUUGAUCCUCGUACGAUGCAUCUACCGACUGGUGGAGCAUACGGGAAAUACGAACGUGGACCUCGAUAACAUCGAGGCACUUAGAAACCUGAGUCCCAUCUUGCGGUAUGAGGUCUUCUUCUAUAUAUUCGAGGCAACCCUCAUGCUCAUCAACUCGGUUCUAUGGAACGUGUGGAAUCCCUGUCGCUUUCUGCCCAAGGAACAUCACAUCUAUCUCUCACGCGACGGGACCGAAGUCUAUGGAGAAGAAGAAUCGGAUGACCGGCCGCUCCUAGCCAAGACGGCGAACGUAUUGACCUUCGGCAUCUUAUUCCGCAAAAAGAAGCAGACUCGAGGAUUCGAAGAGCUUGACCAAUACCCGGGCUCUGGACACUAAAGGCUAGAGAUGUAGCCCUAGCUAGUAUAAUUAUUCUAUGGAAUAUAUUUUGGGUGGUGUUAAUUUCAAGGCUUGGCCUAUGGAGUUGCCUCGGUAACUUGGAUGGGGAGAGCGAAUUAUAUAGGCGACAUACUAUCCGGAGGCUAACUAUGUAUUAUAAUAUAUUUGUAAUGAAUGCCCAUGGCUGGCUCAGGGGCUGACUGGGGACCGGGGUUCUCGGAUUAGGAGAUAGAUAAGGCUGGCCUGAGAAUUGUGGUUUUUAUUUGUUAGAAGUACAUAGAGAUAUUCAUUAGGUCGGCAUGUAGUUCACUUACAGUU